AUGAUCGACUGUUCGAUCUUAUUUCUCUUUAUGGACCAACGAACGCAACUUUGGUGAUGAUGAUGAUUGUAACAAUAGGAAGGUGCAUUGUUCUGUGUGCAUUCUUCUCAGUCACGUUUUGUGAUGUAUAUAAAGUGCAUACUUCUCCGGGGUUAGGCAGGCGAUUUGACGGAAUCGGUGGUCUCAGUGGUGGAGGGGCUACAUCUAAGUUGUUAGUAAACUACCCAAAAAAGUACAGAGAUCAAAUCCUGGAUUAUCUGUUCAAGCCCAACUUUGCAGCAUCUUUACAGAUAUUAAAAGUAGAAAUUGGAGGAGACUCUCAAAGCACAGAGGGAACAGAGGCAUCUCACAUGCACAAUGAAUGGGAUGAGAACUACCAGCGUGGAUAUGAGUGGUGGUUAAUGACUGAAGCUAAAAAGAGAAAUCCUGACAUUCUACUGUAUGGUCUGCCUUGGGCAUUCCCUGGAUGGCUUGGUGAUGGUCAUGACAAUCCCUACACUAAUGUGACACGCACAGCGGAAUAUGUGACACGGUGGCUUGUCGGGGCUAAGAAAUUUUACAACCUCACCAUCGACUAUGUAGGGAUUUGGAAUGAGAAACCAUUUGACGUUUCUUAUAUCAAGAUGCUGAGAGAGAGCCUGGACACGCAUCAGCUGGGCCAUGUGAAGAUCGUGGCAGCAGAUGGUGGAUGGGAGAUUGCAAAGACCAUAGAACUGGACAAAGAGCUUGCUGCUGCUGUUGAUUUUAUUGGUGUCCACUAUCCUGGUACAACAACAACCUCAGAAGCAUUAAAAACAGGCAAGCAGCUUUGGUCAUCAGAGGACUACAGUACCUACAACGACAACACAGGGGCAGGCUGCUGGGCAAGGAUACUGAACCAAAACUUUGUAAAUGGCUUCAUGACAAGUACAAUAUCAUGGAACCUUAUAGCCAGCUACUACAAUGCCCUACCCUACCCAGGCUGUGGACUGAUGACUGCUGACAACCCCUGGAGUGGACAUUAUGAUGUCUCCAACCCUAUAUGGAUGACAGCUCAUACAACUCAGUUUACUUCCCCGGGAUGGAAAUACCUUCCACAUGGCUCUGGAGUUGGAAAGCUGACUCAUGGUGGUAGUUAUGUGUCACUGGUUAGUCCAGACAACAAAGACCUCACCAUCAUUAUAGAAACUAUGAGCCAUGACCACUCCCUCUGUAUCCGACCUGCACUUCCUGCUUACAAAGUUAUUCCACAGAAUGUUUCCCUACAACUUAGUGGGGACUUGGCAAAGUUGCUGCAGCUGAAUGUGUGGUACAGUAAGUUAGCCUUUGGGAACAAUGAGACUUCUGUUUUGUUUAAACGACUCUCUCCUGUAAAGGUCCUGAAUGGGAAAGUGACACUUUCUGUGGGUGUUGAUGAAGUGUAUACAUUAACGUCCCUCCUAAGGGGAAAAAAAGGCAUAUAUCCAGACCCACCUGCUAGACAGCCAUUCCCAGACACCUACUCAGAGGAUUUUGAAGCUUUUCCUGAUUUUUCCGAGCCUUUCAACUUUGCUCAGCAAGUUGGUUCUUUUGAGGUUAUAAGGUCAAAUGACGCAAGUCACGGCCAGGUGCUUCGACAGGUUGUGCUGAAACCUCCAAUCCACUGGUGUCCUUUCCCUCUCAUCAUGCCCCUAAACCUCAUAGGUAGACCAUGGUCUGACGUGUAUGUGAGUACAGAUGUGGCCAUUGGUCCUGUUAACGGUACGACUGGAGUAUUUGUGGCAGCCCGUGUGGAUCAGGGUGGAUGUCAGUCGUGGCAUGCGAAGGGGAUCUUUUUCUUUCUGUUUCCUAGUGAGAAGAAAUUCAUACUGACCAAUGAUUUAGCCAGAACGAUUCCGUUGAAGGAAGGGGAGGCAACUGAAGCUGUACUGGGUUGGAACACUCUAGAACUGGCUCUGGAGGGGAAUCGUGCAUUUGGCAGACUUAAUAAACAGACACUGUUUAAUAUCACUGUGCCUAGUACACCAGCCCAUGGAUUUGUUGCCAUAGGAACUGAUUCAUUUGGAAUUGCAGAUUUUGAUAAUGUCCAUAUUAAAAGUACCAGUAGGAAAGGACCAUACAUCAAACAUUGACUGGAACUGAAUCCUGUCUCAAUAUCCUGAAUUGUUACCAGAAUUGCCAAUGUUAAUAUAUAUACAUUUGUAAAAGGUUUAGAUGUAAUUUUGAAAGUUUUAACAUACCUUGGUAUUUUACCUGUAGAAUAUACAGGAAAUUAUUUUAAGCACAAUCAGUUGUUUUGGCAAAAUGUAUAAUUAUCAUGUGUUCACACAAUCAAGAUAUCAUCACAUUUAAGGAGUUUUUCGGCUGUUUUACAAGUUAGACACCUGUUGAUGUCAGGAAUAGUCAUUGAUUUAUUUUUUGGUACUUGUGUAAAUGGAACGGUUAUUUUUGUUAUGGAAGAGUCACAUGUUAUUUUUGUACUGCUAAUCAUUGUUGAUUUCUACUGCCACAAAUACUUUAUUUCUCUCUAUCUGGUCUCAAAAUGCGGUGUUUCAGUUAUGUUGUGAUGUAUGUAUAUAUUUUUUAUAUUAUACAAAUAACUAAAGGAAAUGCUGUACUUAGUUCAUUUAUAUCAGGAGUAAAGUGCUAAAAUAGCAUUACCAUUGAAAUAACAUUACCAUUAAAGUAAGGUUACCAUUACCUUCAAAAUGAUAUUACCAUCAAAAUAGCGUUACUAUCAAAAUAAUGUCACCUUGAAAAUAAGGUUACCACUAAAAUGAAGUUCUCACUAAAACAAAGUCAUCUCUAUAAAGAGUAUGUGCUUAAGUACACAUUUGAUAGAUCUUGAUGUCAGUUAUGUUUAAUAUAAACAUGUAUUUAUUUCUUAAUUUCCUUAAUUAAGUUUUGCUAAAUGUCCUAUUUUACUUGGUAUUUGUUUUACUUAAAAGAAACAUCGUUUUUUCAUAGCUUUUUAUACCAGAUUAUUCAGUCAAUCUUAAAAUUGUAUCCUCUAUGUUCUUAAUUGUAUGAAAGUGAUAUUUUUCCAAUAUUUGUAUCAUUAUUUCCAUGUUUACAUUGGACUAUUUAUUUUCCAAACAGCUGAUAUCAUAGUGUUUAUGGUACUUUUGAAAUUGCCCAGAUCUGAAAUUUCAUUUCCCCUGUACUUAUUCUCUUUACAUGUCAAGUUUACAAUUUCAGAGCAAUUGUCUUCGUCUAGUUGAACUUUUUUUCUAUUUGUUUUUAUUUUGUAUACAACUAUCACUAAUGAGUUUUUGUGAGUUUGUGAUAGCACAAACCUGGAAAAAUCUGAUAAUGUUUUCUAAAGAGCUUGGUCACAGACAAGAUCUCAAGACAAGUUUGUAAAACUUCUACUGAACAUCAGGACAUCAACUGUUAAAGAGGGACUUUACAAAGAAAUGAUCUAACUCAAAAAAUUUCUAUUGGACUGAUACUGUUAUUUUAACUUUAUCAGUCUUUUAUCACUAUCUUACAGAAAUUUCUGUGACAAAACUUUAACUAUUUCCGGUCAUCUAUAAAAUGUUCUGUUUAAUAUCAUUUCAGUAUGAUGUUCUGAUGCUAGGAAUAUAUAUACUUGCUUUAUAAUGUUGAUAUUUCAAUAGAUACUUGUAUGUGCUAUAUGUUAUUUCAUUUAUAUAAGAUAGACUGCCUAGAUGAUUUAGGAUGUAAAUAUGUGUAAGAUUGACCAAUGAUGUUCCAUAUUGACUGUGAUAAUCUCCCUGAUGCUGACUAUACAGCCUUCAUUUGAGAGGUCUUAUAGCUAAACAUGUUAAUGAUCCACUUGUUGUGUGCCUUAUAUAUAUAAAAAAAACUUGGGAGAAAACACACAGCAAUGUGAUAUGUUUGGCCACUAAAAAAUCUUACCCUACAGGUUGAGAUUACUCUCAUCUCAAUCUCCAGUGGGUGAACAAUUCUAGUACACACCUGAUACAUUUUACACGAUAAAGCUUUUUUUUUUUUUUUUUUCUUAUCUUACGAUGAUUUAAAGAGGUAUUUUAAUAGAUUUUACUUAACAUGCAUUUGAAAAAUAACUAAAAAAGAAGAGCACCAAGUCCUGAAGCCAGAUAGAUCAAUAGUAUAUACUACUUUCUUCUCUAGCUGAUUUCCGACAUGUUUCAGCUUCAAAGGCAGGCUGUCAUCAGGACUUAAGCAAUUGGUGCUCUCCUUUUUUUGUCUUUUAGUUGUUAUCUACUUGUUAAGAAACCUCUGAAUACCAAUAGGUACUCUCCUGAGGCCUAGAAAAUGAUCCUCAACACACAACUUAGCAGCAUGUUGGUGCUUCAGAAAUUUCUUCAGCUGGAGAUAUUUCUUGUCUGACUAAUUAAGAUGUUUUUCUUUUUAUUUUACUAUUUUGUAUAAGUGGCUACUGUAUGAAUCUGAGACUUCAAUCAGCAAUACUUUGUCAGUCUCUUAGAUACUCUCCGGUUAUAACUAAAGAUCUCCUAAAUAUCCUAAAAAAAAUAAAACAGGUAUAUUUUCUGUAAAAGUAAACAAAUGCAGAUUUAUUUAUGUAAGACACUAUUAUAUUUUAGGUCAGGCCUAAUUUUUGCAGUUGGCUUGACUUCAAGAUUUUAGGGUUCAACAUUUGACAAUCCACUGAGCUGCUACAUGUAACUGAAGGAUUGAUAUAUUGUAUAAUGGUAGUCAAGUGUUUUACAUUCUGUAUAGUAAAUAUAUAUUAUCUACAAUAGCUUGGUACAUAUGAUUCACUGAUUACAGGUAGACGUAUGAUAGACAUAAUCAAUGAUAGUGGUAACUGAUCUACUGAAUACAUAACAUGGCUGAUGUAUAUAUGAUGAACAACAGCUGAUAAAUAGAUCUACUGUACAGCUGUUACUUAUAUAAAUCUUCCAUCCUACAUGUAUCUAUGAUCCUGACUUAUACUUCUGCGUAACAACCUGGAUCUGGUAAAAUUUACAUAAUUUUGGAAAUGUACAUUCUAUGAUGGAUGAGACAUGUGUUAAAACUUAAUUAUUUGUAGACUUAUUAAAACUGAUGAAUGACUUAGUUUACUGGUUGCUAAACACGACCUAUAGUAAAGUGUAAACAAAAUCAUUGUUCAAUUUAAGUCGGUUUGCAAUUUUUGCAAUAUUUCUCCUGAGUGGAUGUCAUUUCUGAUGGUAUCUAUAUUUUUGUACUUAAAUGAUAAUGUUAUAAAAUCUGAUUUGGUGUGAGUGUGAUGUAAUUGAUUAUCUAGGUACUAAAUUAUUUCUAUCUGUUUGUUUUUUAAAUACUCUACAUUCCUAUUAAAUGAAUGCUGAAUUCAAA